GGGCUCGCGACCCGGCGCGGAGCAGCGGGUUGUCAUUUAAAAUGGAAGAAGCUGAGUUCUUUGGGGAAAAAUCAUUCCAACAUUGUUGUAAGGAAUUUAUUAAACAUUCCCAGCAGAUAGGUGAUGGCUGGGAAUGGAAAACAUCAAAGGACUGUGCUGAUGGCUACAUGUGCAAAACACAUUUUCAAGUAAAAACUGCUACUGUGGCAUCGCAACUAGGAAAAUCCACCAGUGUACAGACAUGUCUUCCCAUGGAGGAGGCUUGCGACCUGCCCUGGGAUGACUGGGAGGCGGGCGCGGCGGCGGCUGAGGCGGAGGUGGUUAAGUACGAAUACCACGUCCUGUACUCCUGCAGCCACCAAGCGCCUGUGCUCUACUUCCGGGCGAGCUUUUCAGACGGGAGACCGUUAGCCCUGAAGGACGUAUGGGAAGGAGUUCACGAGUGCUACAGGGCACGGCUGUUACAGGGGCCAUGGGACACUAUCACCCAGCAGAAUCAGCUGCGCAUGUGUGACCAGCAGAUCCAGGGCCACCUUUGGAGCCGGUGUUUCGGGCGCUCCUGGGCAGCGCGCUCCCUGAAGAGCAUGGGCACAGGUGGGCUUCCGCCCUGGCACCAGCAGUGUCCACCUUUGGAGCCGGUGUUUCGGGCGCUCCUGGGCAGCGCGCUCCCUGAAGAGCAUGGGCACAGGUGGGCUUCCGCCCUGGCACCAGCAGUGUCCACCUUUGGAGCCGGUGUUUCGGGCGCUCCUGGGCAGCGCGCUCCCUGAGGAACAUGGCCACAGGUGGGCUUCCGCCCUGGCACCAGCAGUGUCCACCUUUGGAGCUGGUGUUUCGGGUGCUCCUGGGCAGCGCGCUCCCUGAAGAGCAUGGCCACAGGUGGGCUUCCGCCCUGGCACCAGCAGUGUCCACCUUUGGGGCCGGUGUUUCGGGCGCUCCUGGGCAGCGCGCUCCCUGAAGAGCAUGGGCACAGGUGAGCUUCCGCCCUGGCACCGGCACUGUCUGGCCUGCCCCCAAGCCCUUUCCAGUUCCGCGUAAGGGGGCCUUGCUUCUUGGUCUGGGCACCACACAUGCUCCUCGGCUUAACACAAGCUUACGCUGUGACCCGAUGAUCCCACGAUAACUCGAAAACACGGUGAGACGGCGAUGCGCUCCGCACACAGCCGACUGCAGUCCCCAGCUCAGCCAGACCUGACUCGCGUGUGCGCAGAGCACUUAGCGGCCAGGAGGCCGGCAAAACGACCUUCCCCAAAGGCUGUCUUAUCAUAAAGUGUUCGUGUCUCUCACACACACCCAACUAGGAGUUGUGUCCGCAGAAGUGCCGUGGGGCGCUGGUUCUCAUCCUCGCGGUCCCGCGGUGCGGAUAGACUGCGCGGCGGGGAGCCAGCACGCGAAGGGCCAGCGUCGGGCCGUGCUUGCCUCCCGCACGCGUCCUCGAUUCACGCCACCAUCGAGUAAGCAGUGCAAGCAGGGUUGCUUCUGUGGUUCAUCCUCUCAUAACUUCUGGUGAUUUUUAAAUUUGUAUUUAUUUUUGUUUGUUUGGAGUGUGUGUAUGAUCUGAAUAUGUGCAAAUGACUUUGUGGGAAUGAACUACAUCAAGGAAAUAUGAAAAUGAACUAUGGAAAAGAACGGUGAUAAAAUUUCUUAUGGAUCUUACAAAUAACUUUUCCAAGAUUAUUGCUAUGAGAUGCUAAAUUCCUAACCUGUAUCUUGCCCUAAGGUUAAUGUUACAACUAUGUAAUCCAUCCUCUUAAAGCAAUGUGCUCUGAAAGCAAUGCACAGAUGGCCAUAUUUCUUUUGCUUCCAUUUGUUCUUACUUAUUAAUUGUAGACAUACUUAGUAUGGCUACAUCAUGAAUUGGUGCCAUCCUUACCCUCGUCCCUGCCCCAGCCUGCUGCAGGCCCUCCCAGUGAGACUGCAGGUACCCCAUGGGGUUGUGGGUGUGCAUUAUGGGAGCAGCAGUCAUUUGUUGAGGAAAGGCAAGGCCUCUGGACAUGAUGUCCCACCCUAUGACUCUUAGAGUCUUUCCGCCCCCUCUUCCACAAGGUUCCCUGAGCCAUGUUAGGUGUGUUUUUAAGUCUGCCUCAGUGAUGAGUGACUGUACCCCAACUUCAUUAUCUGUGCAUCCAGUGAUCAGCUGACCAAUACUGACCAGCAGUGUUUGGAGAUGCUCACUGAUCUUCAGCUAUGUUCUUUGCCCAAGAUCCACAGUGAGCUCACUGGACUCUCGGCUCAGAACAAGCAUACUUGUGUGAGAAGGGCUGACCACAGAAGUGUUGAAAACAACGAGGUCAGUAACUAGGGGCCAAGAUCUGUUGGAGACAAGAGGUCAGCUUACUCUGAUUGCGUCUGAGAACAGGGUGCACGUGGGUCUGGAUCAGCAGAGUC